CUACGACAGCGCCAAAUCAGGAGGUGCAAGAAUUGAAGGAAAGGUUAGCAACAUUACAGGCGUCUAAGAUUAGAGAGGAAGAGGCCAUAAAUCUUGGUUCUGACGAAUGGAAUAGUUUUAGUCAGUUACAUGUCCAUUUGAAAAACGUUUUCGGUCUUAAAGGCCCAUUAUUGGAUUAUAUUUUUUCUAUUGGCGAUAAACUAAUAGAUCUUAGCUGGUCAAAAAGCGCCUUUAUCGAUUAUAUUGAAAAACACAAAUGUUCGGCCAAUAAUCCGAUUACAAUUUCAGAAAAGAAGAAAGUUAAGAGAUCAUACUUUGAUACGUUAAAUUCCUUACCAGCACCAUCAAAACUUGGGGAACCUGAGGAAUGGUACAAACGACAGAAAACUAAUGCUGUUGAUGCUAUUUGUCUUAACCACUGCCCUCCAACUGCCUCUAGCUCCAUACCAGUUAGCUUGCUUUGUCCGAUUUUUGGAAAUUUUAAGGAUUUAUGUGAUGAGCUUUCAGAAAGCGAAGAUAAUCGUUUCGCUUAUGAUUUUUGUCUCAAAAUGACAAAACGUUAUAAUUCUGAAUUGGAGCGUCAAGUUGAGGCGAAUGACAUGCUAUCUAAAUAUUUCAAACGCCCUAUACAACCAAUUGUGACUGAACUUGGUUCUCGUACUGAUGGUACUGUAUGUUAUGGUGAUGGCCCUAAUACAUAUCGUGAGGCUAAUGUAGAAUACAAGAAGCAUAACUGUGGCUCCGAUGCCUGUCCCUACCUUGAAAAUUGUGGAUAUUAUUUAGUUUUUUGCACGGAAAAAGAAAUGCAUCCUUCCUACCAUGUGACUAAUUUUCCAUGCUUUUUGAUUGUAAUUUCUGGACCUUAUUUCUCUGUUUCCGGCGCUGUGUUUGCAAAUAUGGCUAUUGUCGACCCGCUUACUCCGGUCUUUCCCCUUAUUUGGCAACAAUAUGACGAAGCAAUGAUGGUAUCAAUUGCCAAAACAUUUCGUGCUUUGAAGAUAUCUCUCCAACUUCUUCAUCAAUAUUAUGCUAAUGUUGAUGAACUAAUUCAAGACGAACCUCAAACUGUCCAUCCAGUGCAUCCUUCAUUUCCAGAAGUGAUUUUAGACAAUAAAUCUUACAUGGUUCAAAUUAAGUCCCAAGUUAGCAAAAAUCUUCUUUGGGAAGUUACACUUUUAAAUGAACAAGAACCUCAUCUUACAGCCUACGUAAAAGCUGUUCAAAAACAUCGAUAUUCACUUGAUACACAUGAACUGUUAGCUAAAGUUGGAUAUGCUCCAAAAAUCUUUGCUACUUCAGUAGUCCCUGGAAAUUGGAUUUUGGUUUAUAUGGAAUGGCUGGACAAUCACUCAAUAUUACAUAAUGUCUCUAACCUUGAAGAUUCAGGACGAAAUUCUUUAAAAAAGAAAAUAAAAGAAAUUGUCAAGUAUUUGCAUAAUUUAGGACACGUUCAUGGAGACUUGCGUGAAGGGAAUAUACUAGUUAGACAACUUGAAGAUAAUGAAUUUGACGUGAAGUUGAUCGAUUUUGAAUGGUCUGGAAGGGUUGGUUCUGCGCGUUAUUCUCCUUUUAUGAAUCAUAAAAUUCAAUGGCCAGAUGGAGCAGACGAUUGGAAACUAGUUACAACAAACCACGAUCUUUUUAU